AUGGCUAAAUUUUUACCCUUAAUUGCGGCAGCUCUGUUAGCCGGCUCGUUUACGGCCGCGACUCCGGUCGACGAAUAUGACUUUGUUAUCGUUGGCUCAGGUCCAGGUGGCGGCUCGCUUGCAGCCAAUUUGGCCGUGAGUGGACACUCAGUCUUCUUAAUCGAAGCCGGCGGUGACAGCUCGGAUGAUGUGCUUGAAUUGCUCCCGCUCCUGUCUGCGCGUGCUGCUGAGACUCCGGGUCACUCCUGGCAGUUCUUCGUCGAGCAUUAUCAAAACGAGACCCAAGCCCGGCGUGAUCCUAAGUAUACUUAUAGACAAAGCAACGGGUCUUACUAUUACGGCCUGAACCCCCCUGAUGAUGCAGUACCUGCAGGUAUUUACUACCCCCGUGGUGCCACAUUGGGCGGCAGCGCGCAGGUGAAUGCCAUGAACUUUGCAUGGGCACCUGACAACGAAUGGGACUACAUUGCCGAACUCACCGGAGACGAGACUUGGAGUCAUCAGCAUUUGCGCCGCCACCUUAUGGAUCUCGAGAACUGCACGUACGUUCCCCAGGGAACACCCGGUCAUGGUUUUGACGGCUACAUCGAGUCGAGCAUGGGGAACUCAACAAGCGGUUUGACAUCCCCCAACGCAGCGCUCUUCGUAGAGGAAAUGUUCCGCCAGGCUGAAGGCAUCGAGGUUGACGGUGUCGAGCACAUGGCCGAGCUGCUCCUUCGCGACCUCAACAGGAUCGACAGAGACCGCUAUGAGAACAAUUUCCUGUUUCUCACCCCCGCAGCCAUUUCUCCUACUACUGGCGGUAGGAGUGGCGUGGCAGGUUACAUUAAUCAGGUCGUUGCUGCCGGACACCCUCUGACCGUUAGCCUGCAUUCGUUGGCGACCAAAGUCCUCCUUGAAGACUGUGGCCGCGGCAAGAAGCCCAAGGCUUACGGCGUCGAAUAUCUGCUGGGCGAGGGACUAUACUCGGCUGACCAGAGGUACAACGCCUCGCAGACAGGGGAGACUAGGACGGUUCGAGCGAAGAAGGAGGUCAUUGUAGCAGGCGGCACGUUCAACACUCCUCAGAUUCUCAAGCUUAGCGGUAUUGGCCCACUUGAAGAACUGGAAAGCCUGGGGAUUCCUGUUCUUGUCGACCUACCCGCAGUAGGCAAUUUCAUGCAGGACAAUUACGAGGCGCCUGUUCACAUUCGAGCCGAGGAGCCAUGGGUUGAAGCCGCCAACUACCCAUGCACCCACGCUUUUGACGAUUCGGAUCCGUGUUUCGUGGUUUGGCAGGCAAACCGAACCGGGCCGUACACUCAGCGUGGCGGGACGUUCAACAUGGCCUGGCGAAGCAGCGUCAGCUGGGACAACGACACAGAUCUCUUUUACCUUAGCUCCGCCGGUUUUGGAGGCAUCGCAGGUUUUUAUCCUGGGUACUCCAACAGAACUUUGAUGCCCAAUGACUGGAACACCCCUAUCGUCAAGAUGCAGGCGGGCAACGCCGCAGGCACCGUAACGCUCCGCUCCGCGGAUCCGCGACAGGCACCGGAGAUCAACUUCAACUACUUCUCUCAGCGGGGCGAGGAGGAUCUGCAGUCCCUCGUUGAGGGAAUCGAGUUUAUGCUGGGCGUGUUUGACGAAGUUGGCGUGCCGUACAGGGUGAUCUCGCCGGACCCCGAGAUCGACAUGAGGCAAGGUAUCAAGGACACGGCAUUCAGCCACCAUGCGACAUCCAGCUGCCGCAUGGGCCCCGCUGGUGACAAAGACUACUGUGUCGACUCCAAAUUCCGAGUCAAUGGCGUUGACGGGUUGCGCGUUGUCGAUGCCUCCGUCCUGCCCCGGGCCCCUGGCGCUAUGCCAAACGGUCCAACAUUUACGAUUUCGCGAAAGGCGUACGAGACUAUCUUGGAAGAUAACUGA